GAGAAAUUAACAUCCAUCCAACAUCAUUUCGCGAUUUAACGUUAACAUUUAUACAAAAGUUAUUGAUUAGAACAAAAGUUGUUGAUUAGAACUAACUUGGUUAGGAAACACCUGGACAAACAUACCCUAAAGUGUAGCCAGGUGAUCUUCUUGAUCACAUAUGCAGUGUCUCAUAGGGUACACUGGUGUGAAUACCACUUUCCAAAGUGUUUCACUUUGCAUUUUUCUUUGUAUUCAGAAUUGAUAAAGUGACCAAGACUGUUCACAGUAAUCAGACUUAACCAGACGCUAAGGCUGUACAUUCUUCCAAUGUCUCAAGUGUAUUGCUAGCCAUCAGGAGCACCUGAAUACGCAGAAUACAUAAAAGUUUGAGAAAAAGGAAUCAAAGCAACAGGAGUCUGGUUUGAACGGUUAUUUCAUCCAAAUUACAUUAAGGACUGCUAACUGGUUUCUGCCCCACAAAAGUACCCUUUGUUCAUGUUUCCAAACUAUAACACAGGUCCUCCCUGGGCAACGCCUAGAUAAAUUAACAAAUUCUUAGAUUUUGCGCUCCCCUUUUCCAAAUUCCAAGCCGACCACUCCGCGUUUGUUAACAGAAACUUUUAAUAUAACUGAUUAGAUUUCUAAUCUUUCCUAGGGAGAGCCCGCUCAAUUCUAAGAGUAGGUCAUAUGGGUUGCUAAGUUAAAAUAUAAAGCAUUUCCUAAUGAAAAGGGAGGCUGGUCAAUCGUGAUUAUUUUUAUCAACAACUUUAAAUAUAGAUCCAUAGAUUAUUAAUUUAUGGCUGUCGUGGGUAUUAGGAGAUGACCUAAUCCCAUUUUCAUUAAAAAAAUUAAAACUAAAGUUCUGUAAAGUCAAAUGAUCUGGGCCGAGAAAGGAUCGGAUCUCUAGAGCAUCAUGGUAACAAUCAUUCGCAAACAGGAAGCAUUAUCUGGCGAUUCUGCUUUUUUGGAAAUCUUGUAAAUUAUUCAGUUUCGUAAAUUCCGUCAGCUAGAAAAGAUGCUUCAGCUCUUUCCACACUAACUUGAAAGCAGCACAUUAGAAAAUAGUCCUGACUUGUUUCUUGAGAUCAGUGAAUAACUGAUGAACUGACCUCCACCAGUCCUGCCUCUGUUAAGGAGUAAAAAUUCUGUAAGUCAGCCGCGUUUUGAGGCCUGUCCAAGGUGCCUGUGAUUCCCACAUGUCGGAGUCGCAGGGAUUUUUCGGUACAUGGCGCCGCAGUCAGACAUUGGUCCCUGGCAUUUGGAAACAGGAGAGGUGGUCCGGGAGGCCGAGGGGUUUUUCUUGCCACUUUUAAAUUACAAGCAAGAAAAACGUGCGUUUUAUUUCAGGCACAGGAAAGGAAUGAAUUCGGAAACACAGAACGAGAGGUCUGCGUGGGGAAAGAAGGACAGGCGCAUGAAGAAAGGUAAAGGCCUUUCUCUCUGGUGACAAGCAGUCACGAGGCAGUCUCCAUACGUGGGUACUCACUAUUGGCUGAGCCCGAGCUGACGUCCGGACCAACGUCCAGACGCAAACCGCGGCAAAGGCGGUCCAGCCCUGGAAAUUGGCAAGGCGCGCGCGCUCCCGCGGCACACCGCGCCUCCGCCCUCCGCCCGCCAACCCGCUGGUCCAGUCCCUCUUCGCGCCCGCUUGGCCCCGCCCCCUUCUCAGUUCGCUCCUCCCCCACCAGACUGGCGGCGCGCGGAAAACGCGUCACGUGACGACUGCCCCCGCCUCUUCCUCUCGGUCCCAUAUUGAACUCGAGUUGGAAGAGGCGAGUCCGGUCUCAAAAUGGAGGUAAAACCGCCGCCCGGUCGCCCCCAGCCCGACUCCGGCCGUCGCCGUCGCCGCCGGGGGGAGGAGGGCCAUGAUCCAAAGGAACCAGAGCAGUUGAGAAAACUGUUUAUUGGUGGUCUGAGCUUUGAAACUACAGAUGAUAGUUUAAGAGAACAUUUUGAGAAAUGGGGCACACUUACAGAUUGUGUGGUAAUGAGAGAUCCCCAAACCAAACGUUCCAGGGGCUUUGGUUUUGUGACUUAUUCUUGUGUUGAAGAGGUGGAUGCAGCAAUGUGUGCUCGACCACACAAGGUUGAUGGGCGUGUAGUGGAACCAAAGAGAGCUGUUUCUAGAGAGGAUUCUGUAAAGCCUGGUGCCCAUCUAACAGUGAAGAAAAUUUUUGUUGGUGGUAUUAAAGAAGAUACGGAAGAGUAUAAUUUGAGAGACUACUUUGAAAAGUAUGGCAAGAUUGAAACCAUAGAAGUUAUGGAAGACAGGCAGAGUGGAAAAAAGAGAGGAUUUGCUUUUGUAACUUUCGAUGAUCAUGAUACAGUUGAUAAAAUUGUUGUUCAGAAAUACCACACUAUUAAUGGGCAUAAUUGUGAAGUGAAAAAGGCCCUUUCUAAACAAGAGAUGCAGUCUGCUGGAUCACAGAGAGGUCGUGGAGGUGGAUCUGGCAAUUUUAUGGGUCGCGGAGGAAACUUUGGAGGUGGUGGAGGUAAUUUUGGCCGUGGUGGAAACUUUGGUGGAAGAGGAGGUUAUGGUGGUGGAGGUGGUGGCAGCAGAGGUAGUUAUGGAGGAGGUGAUGGUGGAUAUAAUGGAUUUGGUGAUGGUGGCAACUAUGGCGGUGGUCCUGGUUAUAGUAGUAGAGGGGGUUAUGGUGGUGGUGGACCAGGAUAUGGAAACCAAGGUGGUGGAUAUGGUGGCGGUGGUGGAGGAUAUGAUGGUUACAACGAAGGAGGAAAUUUUGGUGGUGGUAACUAUGGUGGUGGUGGGAACUAUAAUGAUUUUGGAAAUUAUAGUGGACAACAGCAAUCAAAUUAUGGACCCAUGAAAGGGGGCAGUUUUGGUGGAAGAAGCUCGGGCAGUCCCUAUGGUGGUGGUUAUGGAUCUGGUGGUGGAAGUGGUGGAUAUGGUAGCAGAAGGUUCUAAAAGCAGCAGAAAAGGGCUACAGUUCUUAGCAGGAGAGAGAGCGAGGAGUUGUCAGGAAAGCUGCAGGUUACUUUGAGACAGUCGUCCCAAAUGCAUUAGAGGAACUGUAAAAAUCUGCCACAGAAGGAGCGAUGAUCCAUAGUCAGAAAAGUUACUGCAGCUUAAACAGGAAACCCUUCUUGUUCAGGACUGUCAUAGCCACAGUUUGCAAAAAGUGCAGCUAUUGAUUAAUGCAAUGUAGUGUCAAUUAGAUGUACAUUCCUGAGGUCUUUUAUCUGUUGUAGCUUUGUCUUUUUCUUUUUCUUUUCAUUACAUCAGGUAUAUUGCCCUGUAAAUUGUGGUAGUGGUACCAGGAAUAAAAAAUUAAGGAAUUUUUAACUUUUCAAUAUUUGUGUAGUUCAGUUUUUCUACAUUUUAGUACAGAAACUUUAACAAAAUGCAGUUUUGAAGGUGUUUCCUUGUGAGUUAACAAGUAAAGAAGAUCAUUGUUAAUUACUAUUUUGUAUGAAUUUUGCUAAAGUUAACUGUAAAGAAACACCUGCUGACUUGCAGUUUAAGGGGAAUCUAUUCUCCCCAUUUCCAAACCAUAAUAUGAAUGGGCACUGACAUGUGGAGAGAAUAGAUAUAUGUGUGUUUGCAAUGUGUGUUUUAGGUAAAUAGGACUGGGUAUUUAAAUUAGCAUUUGUGAAUUUAAUAGCAUUAAGAUUACCUUCAAAUGAAAAAUAUCUCAAAACUUCUAUUUGGUUUUUGUGCAUUUUCUUUUAAAAUGUAAUCACAUGAUUUUAGUGUGUUAGACUUGCUGAGUCCUAGCUGUGUUUAGAACAUCUUCAUUCUACGUUUAGCUUGGUCAAAUUUGAACUGCUGCCAUAGGUUUUGGGUGUAAAGAAUGUUUAACUGCCCUCCAUUUAAAUUCAGAAAAGGGGUAGUGGAUGUUUUCUCUCUCUUACGUUAGAAACCAUUCUUUAAAACUUUUCAAAAUACAGGACCAUUAAGCCUGCUAUAUCCGAGCAAAUUAGUGGGUACCUUUUUUUUUUCUUUUUUAAAGCACAAGAGGCCCAUAAAUCAUCAGAUAUUUUCCUUGGUUUAAAUUUAUAUAUAUAUAUAUAUAUGUAAGUUUUCAGAGUAAGAGAAUAAAAAUCAUGCAUUAUUAAACCCCUAACUGGCUGGCAUGCUUUCCUGUUUGUACCCUAUACAUUUUGCUGGAUGAAACCAAGGAUAGUUUAGGUAUAACUAUCCAAAAUAACCUAACUGCAGCAGAAAUGUAGCAGCACAGUUGCUUAGUACAAGCUUCUCACUUCCUACAGACCUGAAUUCAAAUUUGGAUAGUCUGAGUUCUUAAAUUUCCAAAGAACACACUGUAACUUCUUGUGUAUAUUUCAACAUAAAUCAUAUUGUUACCAAUUCGUUUGGAAGGCCCUGGUUGAGAAGAGUUUUAGAUAAUAAGGUCAUAUAUAUAUAUAUUAAUAUAAAUCAAUGUCUACUGUUUUGCGCCAGCUAGUACUUACAGUUUCAUUCGAUCCCUGAGUAUGUGCCCUGCUGUUAUUCUUUCUUGGUAGUUGAAUGUUGAAUUCAAGAUUCUUUGUUUUAAGAAGUACUAAGCAAAACAAGCAAUAAAAAGGGGAAUGGGGCGUGCUAGUGUUUGAAUAUGCUCUCUUGUUGCUCUAAUUCUGUGCCUCUGUGCAUUAAUAUUUGGAUGCAUGCAAUGCCACCAUGGAAAUUGGUCUUCACACAUACUGCAGUUUUCCAGAAACACUCACAAACAAUAAAUGUAACAGACAUUCCAUUUGUUAAUGGGCAUAUAUGUGAAAAAGCAGUGUAGAAAAUAGGCUAAUAUUAGAAAAUGGUUAAGUCCUUAAUAACUUCAAGUGUGGUUAUAUAAUGGACACUGUCAAUGUUCAUAACUUAAACCUGGGUACCUGGUCAAAAUAAUGCUUGGGAAACAUUAAAAUUGAGCUAAAUUGUCUCAAGUUCUUUUAUUCAUAAAUAAAGUUUAAAGGAAUGGGGGAGAUUGACAUUUCCUGUUUUAUGUUUGUGAAAUUGUUUGGCACAACCUUGACAGUAUCCUUUAAUGGCAUAUAAGGUUAAUUGUACUGUUAACCAACUUUCUAUGUUCUGGAACUAGUAUUAUAGUGAAAACAUUUACAGUAAGUUGAUGUUUACAACCUAUAAGCAGGUGAAAUCUGUGUAUGUGACCUGUUUAUAAGUUGUAUUAGCUUAGCUCUUGUGAACAGUGUGGAAAAGUAAGCCAUGAGGAGAGCGAUUUAACCAGCUUUAAAGGACCUAAGAUGUGCUUUUUAAGCACAGUGUGGAUCAAAGGAAACUCACUAAGACAGGACUUCAGCAGCCUUUUGUGUAUGGACAAGUCAGCAUAAAUAAAGAAUGACAAGGCAGCAGCAAGAGCUUCAACUACAGAGAAGUGAAGGCAUAAGAUACUAUGAUGAUAGUGAGCAACUUUUCAAAAGCUAGUUAAUCUGCUUAUUACAACUGAAAUAUCGAAGAAAGUCUAGCAGGAAGGAGCUCUUCGCCUUUUGGAACAUCAAUGAGAGAUAGUUGCCACAGUCACUAGGUCUAGCAUUUAGACCUGCAAGGAAGGGCAAUAAGCAUUAGGUAAGGCUUGAAUUUGAAUUUUUUCACUAAUUAAAGAAUAAUUUUUUGUAAAGCAAGGUAAGAGUAAUCUUUUUGAUUUGCAGGUUGAAUGAGAACCCUACUUGCCUAAAUGCGGAAUGUCUUUCCUACCAUCUAAAAUACGAAGGUUUCUGGCUGGGUAAGGUUUGUAGCUGACAGUAAAACCUGAUGACACCAUUUGUUUCCCUACAAGUACAUAUUUCACAACUUUGUCCCUUUCUAGUAGGCACAUUGGUAAAAUUCUUCAGCUUAAAACUACCUUGGUACCAUGAUCAACACAUUGAAAUUUUAGUUUUAAAAAUUGCCCUGCAAUAGUCAUAACUAUUCAUCUGGAGUCAGUUGUGACCCCUUGUGUAUAUCAUUUUUUAUUAUUGUCUUCAGGGUAAACUCAAUUUUUGGUAGAAGGUAGCUUCAGCUUUGGUGAAAACCAAUUUUUAAUAAGCACUGCACACCACAGACUCAGUAGGCUGGCAAUCCUCAUAUUGGGAAAAACACCUUCAGAGGAACAGUAAAAGUUACCAGGGCUCAGCACAGCAGGUCAUGCCUGUAAUCUCAGCACUUUGGGAGGUCAAGGCAGAUGGAUCCGAAGUCCAGGAGUUUGAGACUUGCCUAUAGACAAAUUAGCCAGGCUUAGUGUUGCACAUCUGUAGUCCUGGCAGCUUGGGUGGCUGAGAUGUGAGGAUCCCUUGAUCCUAGGAGGUCAAGGCUACAGUGAGCUGACUGCCCCACUGUGUUCCAGCCUGGUUGACAGACCUCAUCUCAGAAAAGUUAACAGAUGUCACAGAUAAAAGUUGGUCUUCAAGUGGCCUCAUAAGUUCUCUUGUAUAUAAAUUCAGGGAAUUCAUUGGACCAACAGGUUACAUUUUGGUUCCUUUUUUUGUUUAGGUUCAUCUGUUAACCAGAAGCAGUGGGGGCCUAAUUAGUGCUCCUUUAUAAAAAGACAUUUUUUCCAAAGAAUACUGAAUUACUGUUCAAACUGGUUGUUCAUGGUUAAUAAGGGCUGUUUUUGCUGCCCCAAAAGGACUUAACAAUUAAGGUGGUUAGUUUACCCUAAUGGAGACAAAUACUGAAAAUGCAAACUAGUUUCCAAAUUACCGGUUUCCUACAUGAAGAACAGUCAGUUUGCCAGUGUACUUAGAAAAUGGCUGUUGGCUCUAUCUAAAUGAGAACCCAGUUUCUACACAUGUUGAGUAAGGUAACAGCCUUUGAAUUUCCUUUACAAUAUGGUUUUAGUGAAGCAAAUUUCCUAAGAAAGGAAACGUUUUUAUUUUUUAAGUGCAUUGUUCUUUCUAGUUCGUUUCUUUAUGAAAAUAAAAUUGUUUUAUUUAAACAUAGUUCCAUUGUCGUUUCUGAAAAAUACAGUAUUAGUUGUAGCAGCAGUUUAAAAAAAUUGUUAUAUAAGUGGUUGAGGCAGAAUUAACUGAUUUUGUUAAACCAAAUUAUGGGUUAAUGCUUCUAAUAUUACACUUCUAAAAAGCUGAUUUUAUAUUCAUGUUCUACAGGAGAAUAUGUGGUAAUAAAGUGUAUUUGUUAAGUAAUAAUUGAAAUAGGCUUGAUUUUAAGAAUUCCAGUAUAUAAUAGUCAACAAUUUGAAACCUAAUUAAUGAUAGUAUCUCUUGGAGUUCCAGUAAUUGAUGUCACAAAAUAGUGAAUAAGCAUGCCAGUGUGCAAGGGUAAUGUAAGGAUUGUUAGCCUAUCUAAAUAUUCAAAAUGAUAAAACCUAAGUGUGUUUUCUAAUUUUUAAGAAUUCAGAAGUGUUCUGUAAUGGAUUCAGAUGUUUCAUUUGUAGUCUGAUGAAAUGUUUACAGAAAGAUAACUUUUUCAUUAAAAUAUUUUUAGAAAUGUG